CCGCCAGCUAAUGUCCCAUACGGAUUAAAGAUGGCGCCCUCUCAUGCACUGAGGUGCUGUAAACGGGCUCUAAACUGGGUACCUGUCCUGUUUAUCAACCUGGUUGUCGGUUGGUCUUAUUACGCUUAUGUUGUGGAGCUUUGUGUCUAUACGAUCCCAGGUAAUGCAGAACGAAUCAGCUAUUUGGUCAUCUUUCACAUUGUCCUCGGCAUGUUUAUAUGGUCCUACUGGAAAACUAUCGGGUCCAAACCAACCGGCCCCUCGAAAGCGUUCGGUCUUCCCAGAGCAGAGAAGGAACUCUAUGAGAGAGAGGAGCGAGCUGAGAUGCAACAGGAGAUUCUGAAGAAAGUGGCGAGGAAUCUACCUGUGUAUACACGCACGGCAGGAGGAGCCAUCAGAUACUGCGACCACUGCCAGGUAGUCAAACCCGACCGCUGCCAUCACUGCUCCACCUGUGAGAUGUGUGUGUUGAAAAUGGACCAUCACUGCCCCUGGGUGAAUAACUGUGUUGGAUUCUCAAACUACAAGUACUUUGUCUUGUUCUUGGCCUACGCUUCACUCUACUGUGCAGUCAUUUGUGCCACAGUCAUCCAGUAUUUCAUCAAAUUCUGGACUAAACAACUGGCUGACACGCACGCCAAAUUCCACAUCUUGUUUCUGUUUUUCGUGGCGGCCCUGUUCUUUAUCAGCAUCCUGUCACUUCUCAGCUACCAUCUGUGGCUUGUGGGAAAGAACAGGACCACUAUAGAGGCGUUUAGAGCUCCUGUGUUCACAAAUGGUCCAGAUAAAAACGGGUUUUCUCUGGGCUUUAGCCGAAAUGUAGCUGAGGUGUUUGGAGACCAAGGGAAGUACUGGUUGUUUCCUGUUUUUUCAAGUCUGGGAGACGGGCAUUCCUAUGUUACCAGAUUGGUACACAUAGAUCCUGAACAAGCAAACAGUGUCCUCCAGCAGAAUGGCAAAAGCCUUGCUGAUGGGGAGGCCAACCCUUGUGCACUUGGUAACAGUAUACAACACACAACGGAAGACAGUAAAGACAAAACUGAAGGAGGCCAGACAGUUUCUGUGACAGUGGAGAGUGAGCCAUAGCAGGUCGCAGGCACAUCAGUAAACUAUGAUGCCUUAAACCAGGAGCAUCAGCGCCGCCACAGGAGCCGUCCUCCACCCUCAUUUUGAGUUCAACAGUGCAGCCUCAAGCUACAUGUUUUGUACAUACAUCAAAUGGACCAUAACUUCCUCCGGUGUGCUUUAAACCAGCACCCCAACAAUACUGUUAUCACGCGACAGUGACUGUACAGCAACCUCGUAGACUGCACCAGUCUGAAGCAGAGGUAAUUCACAGGUUUCGUCUUUCUUUUGAGCCAAAGACAUUCAUUUUAUUUUUUGUUGUAUCUGUUGUUGUUGCAUCUGAAAAACUCUGGGACUGCUUUUUCGCCUCGAGCCAACGUUUGUCUACAUUGUCUGUGUUUAUCUACAUGGAUUAAUCGCAUAACACAUUCCUAAUAGAGAAUCCUGUUUUCAGUAUUAAUUAAGCAUUAAUGACCAAGAGGGAGAAGAGGGAGCCACUAAAGUGAGAUGUGUACAAGUUGUAAAGAAUGGUGAGACAUUUCAACACUGCCAGCAGUGUAAGAAUGAUCAGUUUUAAACUCCAAGCACAGUGCAAUUAUUAAGACCAAUUAUCUAAUGGUCUAAUUUAGUUUACAGUUUACAUGACUGAAAAAUAUUUUGAAUGUCUUUAUGUUUACACUUUUAAGAUAUUUAUGUUUUACAUUUCAGAUUUUAUACUAUGCUCAAACAUACAAAUUAUCAAGGGUUUAAAUGUUUGGACCAAAUCCAGUUUAAUUCCAGUUAAAUGAUUUUAAAUAGUUAAAAAGUUGGUUUGCCAUUUUUAAUUGCACUAUAAAUAUUUGUAAUUUAUUUAUUUUCAAGCUUUUCUAAUUUAAUUGCAUCAUUUUAGUGUCUGUUAAUUUUAUUGUAAUGGAUUAUUUUUAUUUGUAUUUAUUCGUUUUUCAUGAUCAGUUCUUUACUACAGUGAGUAUUUGUUUUUUAAUUUAUCAAUCUUGAGUGUUAAAGGUUAACUUUGGUAUUUUUUUAUAUUUUUCAGCCUGGAUACUGUUCACCCAGUUAGAUGUGAAAAUACGCUGCCUGUACACUCCUUUCCUUUUUUUUUUCUUUUUUUCUUUUUUUUUUUACAUCUAAUUGCGUGAUUUAAGAUUUUAUUCCAACCAAACCAGAGUGGGUGAUUGUUGAGUGGAAAGUCAAACCAAGACAGUUUUGUGAGUUUUAUUUUGUUUCUGUCAACUUUUACUGCUUCUGUCAGCUUCUGUUUCUUUAAAUGGAGUCUGGUGGGUUUGGCGUUAGCGAUCUCAGGGCUGUUUCUAGACAAACAAAAAGGAUCUUAACAAAAAGGAUCUUACUCUUAAAUUAAAAUGUUAAUCUCUUUAGCGAUCCUUUCCGUAAGCUGUCAGACACUUAAAAUGUCAGUGGCAAAAAACAAGCACUUUCAGCGAGCGAACACUGAAGGUGCAUUUUGCCCAGAGUGGUUACAUUGCAGCCCUCUCCACUAAAACCGGACAAAUUAAAGGCGCUGUAUGUAAGAAUGUGGCCAAAACGGUUACUGCACUCAAAUUCAAAAUACUGCUGCGAGUCGUGUCCGCCCCCCCCCUCCCCUACAGAUUCGAGGUUGCUGGACAGCGGCACGCUGGAGACUGAUUUGUUUGCCCACGGGCGGCUGCCGUGGCAGGGCCGCGUCGCCGCGUCCUUGAUCUUCCGUUUUCCAGUGGACCAUUCGAGCAAGUCCGGCUUCUCUGCUGCUAACGCUGCUGCCGGGAUACAGCUGAGGAGGAGCCGGCUGCUAAUGCUAUGUACUGGGACACUGCUAAUGCUGCUUGCCGUGCUGCUGUAGCUCAGUCGUAACUUUAACUGAUGCUGAGACUCUACUGACUGCGUGACUGGUAGAUGGCGGGGGGUGGCGCAACAGGCCAAAACACAAAUUCAAAACAUAAACAUGAUUUGCGGACCGUAAAAUUUUUUUUUAAAUGCAAAUAUUCUGGCUGUACUAUUGUUGUCGGUGAGAUCAGUAUGUUAUAUGAACAUUAUUCCUUAGUCUCUGUGACAUAUUAGGAGGAUUUUACGACUAUUUGCUUUAGAUUUCUUACAUAUAGCUCCUUUAAAAAAAAAAAAAAAAAUUCCCAUUAGUCACUUAGACAUACAAGCAUGAUAAAAUAAGGUCCAGGCUGAAAAAUACCAAGUUACCUGUUAAUGCCAAUGAUUAAAUCUUUUUGCUUUCUUUCUUUUAUUUUCCAGUUUAAUGAUAAGAUUUAUUUGAAAGUAAAUGAGAGCACAGAAUGAAACCAUAAUUAACCUGUUAAAGGAUAUUGUCAGAAAGGUCAGGUGUUAUUGAUCAACUGUGUUCUUUAGCCUCAACCCAGAUAGAUAAGGUAGAGUUUAUAUACUGGUAAUGAAAUAGUAGGAUUGCCAUCCUAAAUGCUCUUCUAUGUGCUCCUGGCAGCUGCUUCCUUGUAUUACAUUCAUUUUAGUGGAAAUGAUGAACAGCACAGUGUGGGGUUUGCUGAAUGAUGAUCAGACAAUAAUGUGUAGAUAUUACUGACUGAGUGCUAGCCCAUGUGCAUGUACUCACAGAAUCUCACAGUAGUUUAAUAACUUACUUCACUGAUUAAACCUAGCUUCCUGCACCACCCAAGCAGCUAGUGCUGCUAACAUCACCAGGCCUGUAAAGAACUGCUGUUUUGAGACAAAAUGAUUCACGCAGAGUGACCUUCAAUGUUCUGUAACAAUAAAUAUAA